AUGGAAGAAGCUGAUUAUUAUACAGUACUAGAAGUUGACCGAAGUGCUGAUGGUGAAUCCAUCAAGAAGGCAUAUAGGAAAUUAGCUCUGAAGUGGCAUCCCGAUAAGAACCCGGACAACAAAGAGGAGGCUGAAAGACAGUUUAAACUGGUAAGCGAAGCCUACGAGGUGCUCUCAGAUCCACAAAAACGUGUGAUUUAUGACAAUUAUGGUAAAGAAGGGCUUACCAAUGGAGGCGCCGGUCCGAGCGACUUCUCUGGCUUCGGCGGUUUCUCGUUUCAUUUCAGGGAUCCCAUGGAGAUAUUCGCUCAAGUCUUUGGACCUUCAUUAUUUGAUGUUUUUGGACCCAACUUUGUUACACCUGGAGCUGCGCGAACUCAUCGCUCUCACGCAAGUUCUCGUGUUCAUCGGCGUCAAAAUCCUUAUGAACAAAAUCGUCGUACUACUUCAUCGGUUCACGACCCAAGAGACGUCAUGUUACCCACGGGAUUUGGUGGUGGUUUCUUCGACGAUAUUUUUGGGGGACUUCUGGGCGGCUUUGGUGGAAUGAGUGGGUUUUCUUCAAUGUCUUCAUUUAGUAACGGUAGACCAGGAGGUGGAAUGGCCAGAUCGAUGUCUUCCUCAACUCGUAUUGUCAACGGUCAGGUUGUCAACACUACAACAGUUCGUGAAAACAACGUUGAAACGAUCACAGAAACGGUGGAUGGGCGUGUCGUACGGACAGAAACAAGGCCAUGCCACAACAACUCUUCAUCUAUUUACUUGAGUUUCUGA